GACACAACACUAAAACAACUAAAGAAAAACCAUUAACACAUAUUUGAACUUAAAGAAGAAUUCAAGCCAAAGGAUUCCUUUAGUUUUUUUCUUUUAUUUGUUGUUAUUGUUGUCGCAGACAUUACGUAUCCGUAUAUCAUUAUUCGUUCAAAGGACAACAAAAGGAACGAUUAUGGGGAGGAAAAUAACUGUGGCGGUUACAACGCUUAACCAAUGGGCACUGGACUUUGAGGGUAAUUUAGCCAGGAUAAUGCAAUCGAUUCUUGAGGCGAAAGAAAUGGGCGCCUCUUAUAGAACCGGACCGGAACUGGAAGUGACAGGCUACAGUUGCGAAGAUCACUUUCGUGAACCAGACACAUAUCUUCAUUCAUGGGAAGUACUCCUUGAAAUUAUGAUGUCACCGAUCUGUGAUAAUAUCCUUGUUGACGUUGGAAUGCCAGUUAUGCAUCGUAACGUUGCCUACAAUUGCCGAGUGGCCUUUUUCAAUCGACGUAUUCUUCUUAUCCGUCCAAAAAUGUCAAUGUGUGACGAUGGCAAUUAUCGAGAAUCACGUUGGUUUAGUGCGUGGACAAAGUCUUUGCAAAUCGAAGAUUUCUUCCUGCCACGAAUGAUCUCCACACACACCGGACAGGAUACAGUGCCUUUCGGUGAUGCCGUAAUUGCUACCAAAGAUACAUGCAUUGGUUAUGAAAUAUGUGAGGAAUUGUGGAAUGUUAGAAGUAAACACAUCGACAUGUCCUUAUCGGGAGUCGAAGUGAUCGUCAAUAGCUCUGGAAGCUACAUGGAACUACGAAAAGCUUACAUCUCGACUGAUUUGAUUAGAAAUGCCAGCUUCAAAGCUGGUGGCGCAUAUCUCUUUAGCAAUCUUCGAGGCUGUGACGGUCAAAGAAUCUACUUUAAUGGCUGCUCAGCAAUUGCUAUGAAUGGAGAGAUAGUUGCCAGGAGUAAACAAUUUGCCUUACAGGAUGUGGAAGUCACCAUUGCCACAAUUGAUCUCGAAGAGAUCCGCUCCUAUCGCGUAUGCCAAAGAUCUCGCUGUAACCUCGCUGCUUCGGCGCCCACCUACCCACGAAUUGUUUGCGACUUUGAGAUGUCAACGCACAAUGAUAUCUUCAAAUGCUCAUCAACCCCACUGCAGUGUAUGUAUCACACUCCCGAAGAAGAAAUAGCCAUGGGACCAGCCUGUUGGCUAUGGGACUACCUUCGACGGUCUGGUCAAGGUGGAUUCUUUCUACCUCUCAGCGGUGGUGUUGAUUCUAGUGCUUCAGCCACAAUCGUUCAUUCAAUGUGCAGAAUGAUUGUUAACUCAGUUCAAUCUGGGGACGCACAAGUCCUCCACGAUAUUCGAAAAAUCCUCGCUGAUUCGGAUUACACUCCAGACAAUCCAGCUGCUCUGUGUAAUCGAAUUCUAGUCACUUGUUUCAUGGGCAGUGUAAAUUCUAGCAAAGAAACAAGAAGAAGAGCCUCAAUGUUGGCCAAUCAAUUGGGUAGCUAUCACAUUGAAAUAAGUAUCGACUCGGCUGUGAAUGCUUUGUUGGGGAUCUUCAAUGCUGUCACUGGGUUGACACCAAGAUUCCGGAAUCAAGGUGGCUGUGCACGUCAAAAUUUGGCUCUUCAGAAUAUUCAGUCAAGAAUUCGAAUGGUUCUGGCUUAUAUAUUUGCACAAUUGAUGCUUUGGGUGAGAAAUAGACCCGGUGGGCUGUUGGUUCUUGGCUCGGCUAAUGUUGACGAAGCUUUGCGAGGUUAUCUGACCAAGUAUGAUUGUUCCAGUGCGGAUGUUAAUCCUAUUGGUGGCAUAUCAAAAACCGAUUUGAGGAGGUUUUUAACUUAUGCUCAGGACAAAUUCAAUCUUCCAGUUUUGGAACAAAUUAUCGAUGCCCCACCAACAGCUGAAUUAGAACCACUUCAAGAUGGUCAACUUAUGCAAACUGACGAACAAGAUAUGGGAAUGACUUAUGCUGAACUAAGUGAGUUCGGAAGACUGCGAAAACAAGCGUGUUGUGGACCAUAUAGUAUGUUUUGUAAGCUUGUGGCUACAUGGAAAGGUGAUUUGAAUCCUAAAGAGGUCUCUGAUAAAGUUAAACACUUUUUCCGAUGCUAUGCAAUCAAUCGUCAUAAAAUGACUGUUUUAACGCCUUCGGUUCAUGCCGAAAGCUAUAGUCCUGAUGAUAAUCGAUUUGAUCAUAGGCCAUUUUUGUAUCGUGCCAAUUGGAGUUGGCAAUUUAAGGCUAUUGAUGAUGAGGUUGAUAAACUUAUGCCAGUAUAUACACCAUCAUCAAGUCAUAUCCGACCAAGUACUGAAGAUCUUAUGUCACAAACCCAUGAAUCCGAAUCGAGUCAUCGUUCUUCGCGUGUCGAUUCGAAAAAUUCAUCACCAAUAUCAUGUUCAUCGAUGGAAGGUCCCAAAGGCAAAUCGGGUGGUUAUUCGAAAGUUCAUGUAAAUGUUAUGGGAAAGCUCAAAGAUCGUACUGGAAUACCUGUAUAAUAAAGUUUUAAGAAAACACACAUAUUUUAUAUUGAAAAAAUUAAACUUAACGAUAUAUUUUUGAGGAUUUCCUACUUACAUUCACAAAUAUCCUCAACAUUUGGUUGUUAAAAAAUUUAUGUUGCCUUAAGAAAUUCAAUUUUUCCUAUUAACUCGCACAAAGUUAUACUUUAAACUGUAACUUUUUUUGUUGUUGUGAAAUAUAAUUAUUCUUU